UAUAGUCGAGAGUAAGAAAUUAUGGGGCAAGGUAAUAGUAGGCAAUUGUUUGUAUAUAUGUUAAAAAAUAUGUUAAGAGCUAGAGGUAUACAGGUUAACAAAACUCAGUUGGAAAAAUUUUUAGCAUUUGUAGAAGAAGUGUGCCCAUGGUUUCCUGAGGAAGGUACCAUGAGUUUAGCUACCUGGAAAAGGGUAGGGGAAAAAUUACAUGAACAUUAUUCUAUUCAUGGACCUAGUAAAAUCCCCAUAGAUGCUUUUUCCUUAUGGGCUCUUAUCAGGGACUGUUUAGACCCCGAACAUGAGGAGAACAAAAUGAGAUUAGCAAUGCGAGGAACCUUUUCCGAUGCAGAGCCUGGGACAAAUGACCCUGAUAGUAUUAAACCAACUGCCCCACCAGAACCCGUAUAUGCUGCCCCAGAGGGUGUUGCCUGUCCGAUAAAAUUAAGAACUACUGAUGAAGAUAGUUUAGACCCCGCUGAUCAAGCCGAGUUAGAGGAUCAAGCCGCCCAUUAUCACGAUGAGGACUCUCCUUGGGAGGUAAUGAUGAACUUAGAACAAACGCCCCCAAAAGAUAAUUCGGAUAGUUCCGCUUUUGAUUUUCGACAAUUACGGGGAAUGUUAAAGGAGAUUAUUCAGUGACUACCAGAAAAUAUAAGUGAAAAACAAUCCAAACAUCCGCCUUUGUCGCCCGCAUACCCACCUUCAGCUAUUGCUGGCCUCAACCCCCCUCCACCGUUUGAGGAAUCUGUCCAUCCUCCUACGGUCGGGAUGAAUUCGAGAUAUUCUAAACUGCUUUUUUCGCCCUUGCAGCAAGCCUUACGGCAGGCAAAUAAAGAGGGGGAAAGCCUCCCUGGCUUCCCUGCAUUGUAUCCUGUACCCGAGGAUGCCCAGCAACGAAGGCAUUACGAACCUUUGCCUUUCAAACAAUUAAAGGAGUUAAAAGUGGCCUGUGCUCAGUAUGGAGCAACAGCACCUUUUACCAUGGCCAUAGUAGAAGGGCUAGGAAGUCAAUACUUACCCCCUAAUGAUUGGAAACAGGUCGCUAAGGCUUGUCUCACAGGAGGAAAUUAUUUAUUAUGGAAAUCUGAGUAUGCCGAGCAACGGCAGAUGUUAUCAGAUGUUAAUCGUCAGCAAGGCAUUAAUGUUUCUUAUGAAAUGCUUAUUGGGGAAGGACCCUACCAAGAUAUGCAUAAUCAAUUAAAUUAUCCUCCUAAUGCUUAUCCCCAAAUUAAUGCGGCGGCUAUACAAGCCUGGAAAAAGCUCCCUAAUUCUGAGAAAAAGAUGGAAGAUUUAUCAAAAAUCCGUCAGGGGCCAGAUGAACCGUAUCAAGAUUUUGUUGCUAGACUACUUGAGGCAGUGGGGAAAGUUAUUGGAAAUGAACAAGCUGGGAUGAUAUUUGCUAAACAACUAGCUUUUGAAAAUGCUAAUUCUGCUUGUCAAGCUGCUUUACGACCCUAUAAAAAGAAAGGGGGUUUAUCCAAUUAUAUCAGAAUUUGUGCGGAUAUUGGGCCUUCUUAUGUGCAAGGUAUUGCAUUUGCUGCAGCCUUACAAGGAAAAUCAGUAAAGGAAGUACUAUUUCAACAAAAUAAAAAGGGACAAAUUAAGGGCCAACGCCGUGUAGCCGGCCCGCCAGGGAGUUGUUACGCUUGCGGACAAUUAGGACAUAGACUUGCUCAAUGCCCGCAGCGAUCCAGACAGCCCCAGGAAGGGAGUCCUUUAGUUGUAGCUCAGCAACCAGGAAUGUGCCCCAGGUGUAAAAAGGGAAAACACUGGGCUAAAGAUUGUCAAUCUAAGACAGAUAUAAAUGGAAAAACCCUGCCACCGCUGCAGGGAAACUGGGUAAGGGGCCAGCCCCAGGCCCCGAAACAAUGUUAUGGGGCAAUGCAGAGCCCAGCCCUGCCAGGAAUGAGUCAAAACAACAAAGAAGGACUGUUAGGGAAUUGUUCAGAGCCACCCCAGGAAGCGCAGGACUGGACCUCCGUUCCUCCGCCUACACAGUACUAACUCCUGAGAUGGGCAUGCAGGCCCUACCAACUGGUGUCUUUGGUCCUCUACCCGAGGGAACUAUAGGCUUACUUUUAGGAAGAAGCAAUGCCACUAUGAAAGGGUUACAUGUGGCACCUGGGGUGAUUGAUGCCGAUUAUACUGGAGAAAUAAAAAUUAUGGCUCACUCACCGCAAGGAAUAACAACUGUUCAAUCAGGACAUAGAAUUGCCCAGAUAGUUUUGCUCCCUCUUAUUCAGGCAGGGGAAUGUCGGUCCAAUAAUGCAAGGGGAAAUCAUGGUUUUGGCUCCUCUGAUGCCUAUUGGCUACAAGCUAUUGGCAGGGAGAGACCCAAAUUAAUUCUUGAAAUACAGGGCAAGAAAUUUAAAGGGAUAUUGGAUACCGGAGCAGAUAUUUUGGUUAUUUCUCAGCAACAUUGGCCUGAUAAUUGGCCUAAACAGAUUGCCCUCUCUACGCUCCAAGGAAUUGGCCAGGCUAACAACCCUGAACAAAGUUCAGCUCUAUUAACCUGGAAAGAUGAUGAGGGACAUCAAGGACAAUUCCAACCAUAUGUUCUCCCUGGCUUACCUGUUAAUCUGUGGGGACGAGACGUCAUGUCUCACAUGGGGGUUUAUAUUUACAGCCCUAGUAAAGUUGUGAGUGAAAUGGUGAUGGACCAAGGAUUAUUACCUCCUCACGGUCUAGGGACUCAUGCACAGGGAACCCAGGAACCUGUACAAGUCCACAAAAGGCCACUUCGAGCAGGACUAGGAUAUUUUUAGGAGGGGCUCUUGAUUCUCCUGUAAUCCAUGCUGAACCGAUCACCUGGAAAGCAGAUGAACCGAUAUGGGUUGAUCAAUGGCCCCUGAGCACAGAAAAAAUUCAGGCUGCUGAACAGCUGGUGCAGGAACAGCUGGAUAAUGGCCAUAUAGUUCCUUCCACUUCUCCGUGGAAUUCCCCUAUAUUUGUUAUUAAGAAAAAAUCAGGAAAAUGGAGACUUCUACAGGAUCUUAGGCGAGUCAGUGCCACCAUGGAGUUGAUGGGGGCCCUGCAACCUGGGUUGCCCACACCCAUGGCUAUACCAAAAAAUACUUAUAAGAUUAUUAUUGAUUUGAAAGAUUGUUUUUACACAAUUCCUCUGGCG